CACGUGUAGACCCAUCGAUCCGCUCCUUUGCUCGUUUUUCGUCCCCCCGCAGCUUGCAGCUCUCCACCCAGCCAUAUGGGCCCCUCAACCGACCUUGAAUCUGUCCUCGGAUUAAAUCUCGCGUGUGAUUGGUCGGAGACGCGGAACCGCACCAGCUUCCCUGCUCGUGAUUGGCUGUUAGCGCUGUCAGUAAAGCCAUAUCCUCCCCUUGCUCGGUUUGGUAGCUAGCCUUUCUCUCGGCGGUGGGUCGGAGCCGCUGUCCCUGGCCUCGCAUGUUCCCCUUUAGAUUCCUGUUUUGAAUUUGAUGCCCCUCUUGUAGUUUUGCUUUAUUUACACGCGCCUCUGAAGGACCACAGUCGGGCGUCCGUACUCCGGUGCUUUAGUUGUCCCCCGGUAUUUUUGGCGUUUAGAGACUUUAACCCGAACAUGGCUGUGGUGAGCGGAUCGUCUGGGCCGGUUGCCCGGCUCGAGGGCCGUGAAUUCGAAUACAUGAUGAAAAAGCGCUCUGUGACCAUCGGCCGGAACUCGUCGCAGGGCUCCGUGGACGUGAGCAUGGGCCACUCCAGCUUCAUCUCGCGGAGGCAUCUGGAGAUAUUCACCGACGACGGCACCGGAGAUUUUUACCUGAAAUGUCUGGGUAAAAACGGGGUGUUUGUAGACGGAGUGUUCCUCAGACGGGGCGCCCCUCCUCUGCAGCUACCACGAAUGUGCACGUUCAGGUUCCCCAGCACAAACAUCAAGAUCGCAUUUACGGCCCUGUCCAGCGGGAAGAAAGUGAAGCGAGAGGCGCCCGAGUCCCCCGUGAAGCCAGUGCAGCCCCAGAUCUCCCCGCUGACCAUCAACAUUCCAGAAAACAUUGCUCACCUAAUGAGCCCUCUGCCAUCGCCUACUGGCACCAUUAGUGCUGCUAAUUCCUGCCCCUCCAGCCCUCGGGGUGCGGGCUCCUCAGGCUACAGGAUGGGUGGUCGCAUGGUCAGCUCUGCAGAGCUGCAGCUCAUAAACGACAACUCCCAGCCUGAGAACGACAAAGAAGCCUCCGGAGGGGACAGUCCCAAGGACGACUCCAAACCUCCGUACUCCUAUGCACAGCUGAUAGUCCAGGCCAUAACGCUGGCUCCGGACAAGCAGCUCACACUAAAUGGAAUUUACAAUCACAUCACAAAGAACUAUCCCUACUACAGGACAGCAGAUAAGGGCUGGCAGAACUCGAUCCGUCACAAUCUGUCUCUGAACCGUUAUUUUAUCAAAGUGGCACGGUCGCAGGAGGAGCCCGGCAAAGGUUCAUUCUGGAGGAUAGACCCGUCCUCAGAGGCCAAGCUCAUCGAGCAGGCCUUCAGGAAACGAAGGCCCCGGGGCGUCCCCUGCUUCAGGACCCCACAUGGACCCCUCUCUUCCAGGAGUGCCCCAGCAUCUCCCAAUCACUCAGGGGUGCUCUCUGCGCACUCCAGCGGUGUCCAGACCCCUGACAGCCUUUCCCGAGAGGGCUCCCCAGUUCCCCUGGAGCUGGAGACUUCCUCUGCUCCCACACCAGUGUCCACCACAGCAGUCCAGCCCAAACUGGCAGUGAUCAAGGAAGCACGCUUUGCACAAAACACACCAGGCUCGCCUGUUAACAACCAGCCGGUACUCAUAGCAGUCCAGCGUCAGUUACCUCAAACCAUCAAGCCAGUGACUUACACCAUGGCCUCCCCAGUGAGCACCAGCACCUCCCAGCCCGCUGUCCAGACUGUCCACGUCCUGCAGCAGAUCCCCGCAGGGUCGCUCAGCCCUGCCGCUGUCAUCGCCCAGCCAGCCACCAUCAUCAAGAGCGAGACGCAGGAGAAUGGAGAGCACAUGGAGGUCAAAGUCAAAGUAGAGACGGUUCCUACCAUCACCUCUAUAGGUCCCUCCAGUCGGAUCAUCCAGAGCUCCCAAGCAGCCACCCCCCUGCAGACUGUUACCAUAGUGCAGCAGGCCCCCAUGGGUCAACACCAGCUGCCUGUUAAGGCCAUCACACAGAAUGGCACCCACAGCAUCACCACUGCCAUCCAGGGACCCUCCAGCUCAGCUUCAGCUGUGGCGAGCCCCCUCCACUUGCUGGCGGCCCACGCCUCGGCCUCGGCCUCCCUCCCCACCAAGCGGCUGAACGGGGACCAGCCGGCCGAGCAGCCGGAAGCCAAGCGCAGCAAGUCGGAAGAAGAGCCUGCCCCGGCCUCGGCCGGCGCACCAGAUUCAGACUCGUCGGCAGCUAACGACCAAGGCAGCCAACCCAACUAGUUCGUUUCCACACGCAGCGCGCCACCCCCACCACCACUCGCUCCCCCUCCUAAUCCACAGUUUCUCUCUCUCUCUCGUCCUCGUUGUUAGUUUUGUUUCUCCUCCUCCUACCACAGCCGCCCGAGGUGCCAAACGGAGAAGAUUCUGUUCCUUUUCAUUUUGGGUAAUCUUGUUUUACACCAUCAAAGAUUAACUAAAAAAAAGUGUCCGCCCCUUUAAAGACUGGAAUGUGGGUUGAGAAGAAAAUAUAGGAACGGGACAAAGGUGAACUUGUAGGUGUCCCACCCCCCCUGAGCCCCUGAAACUGGAGAGUGACUGAAGCGAGACCACAGGAAGCCUUAACAACAAUUAACACUUAAGAGCUGACCUUUGACCUCAAGUGAUCCCACUAGGAGAGGCCCUGACUCUGCUCAGGCUGGAUGCUGCCUUUCUGCCGCAUCUACCUCAGAGCGGAUCGGAGACUCCGGCAGCCGACAGAGAACAUCUCUCCCCACUGACCCGUCGGGAAGCGUGACGUGACCAACCAAGCGGCGAGCGCGAUGAGCAUUCAGUGGUUAGAUUUAAAAAAAAAAAAUAAUAAUAAUUUAAAUUAGACUUUCAGAAAGGGAUCAACUCGGAGCCAAUAUUCCUGAAACUCUGGCAGCUAGCCUCUCACGAUACUGACCUUCCUUAAUCGCAGCUGUACGUAGAUAUGCAGUAUUUUGUUGUUCAAAAUGUGGAGCGUAGGGUCUUUUUUUUUUUUUUUUUUUUUUUUUUUAAACUGUGUUUUCACUUACCUAGAAGAGAAAUAAUUUAAUUAAAGGAAGCGUACAAAACGGUGAGGUCGGUGACAUUUCGGUAACCAAGAUAGAAAUCUCACUUUUGGUUUUGUUCUUUUUUUCUGUUCAGUGAAACAGUGUAACUUUUUUUUUCAUAAACUUUAUUUCCCUCGUUCUGACAUAUCCGUAUGAAAUUGCUUCGUUACGCCUACAUAUUUUAAUACGUGCACAGAUAACCGAUAUAAGCAUAUGAAAUCUCCUUGUGUAGUUCCAGAUGUUGACCUUGCAUGUGUCCAACAACAGAUGUUGUUAAAUGUAAAUUGAAGAGGAAAAAAAAAAGACUGCUUUGUCCUAACCUGACCUGCACUUAAUUGAAUGUUCGUGUUUUAUUUUCCCUUUUGUUUCUUUUUGUUUUUUGUUUUCUUUGUUUCCCCUCACACCUUCUGCCUCCUCUUCCUCCUCCUGGUCCCUCCCGGCUGUGUUGACGUUGUGGUGCUGGCAAACCCCGCCCAACCGCCCCUUUUGCUUGAUUAACUUUUGCUCUGUUCUGGCGACCCAGCGAUUCUCUUUCUAUUUUUUAUUUUAUUUUUUUUUUUUGUUUUCUGAUUGUACACGUUCCAACCAACAGUAAAAGGAAACAAAAAUGUUUGUUCUGCUUCAGUGGAGAAAUGCUUUGUUUUUUUGUUUUGUUUUUUUGUUUUUUUUUGUUUUUUUUAAUAAAUUAAUUUAAAGUCC